GGAAUUUGUCAGUGUAGCCCCGGUCCCGAUCCGCGCUAGGCGCCCAGACGUGGAGAGAGCCUCCCCCCGGCACGGACUAUCCUGUGUGCCCCACUCCCUCGUCUCUUCGUGCGCGGGGCAGCGCGGAUCUGCGGCGCGGGAGCCAGAGGGGAGGGCGAUCGCUGGGCUCGUGUUCUUCUCCCGACCCGAGGGGCUGAUCGCUCAUGGCUCGCGGCAAAGCCAAGGACGGUGAUGGCAACUGGAAGAAAUUCAUCUGGAACUCGGAGAAGAAGGAGUUCCUGGGCCGCACGGGCGGCAGCUGGUUUAAGAUUCUUCUCUUCUACUUCAUUUUCUACGGCUGCCUGGCAGGUAUAUUCAUUGGGACCAUUCAAGUUAUGCUGCUCACCAUCAGUGAAUUCGAACCCAAAUACCAGGAUCGAGUGGCACCCCCAGGAUUGACCCAGAUCCCACAAGUAUUAAAGACAGAAAUUUCCUUUUCUGCCUCUGAUUCUAAAAGCUAUGAGAUGUAUGUGAAAGCCAUCAACAAAUUCCUACUUACAUACAGUGAUGAACAACAAAUGGGAAAUGCUGCAUUUGAGGACUGCGGUGAGGUACCCACUUCAUACAAAGACAGAGGAGAAUAUAAGGAAGGUCAAGGUCGGAAGAACGUCUGCAAAUUCAAACGCGACUGGCUGGGGAACUGCUCUGGAAUACAUGACCCCACCUACGGGUACAAGGAUGGCAAGCCAUGCCUCAUUAUCAAGCUCAACCGAGUUAUGGGCUUCAAACCUAAGCCUCCACAAAACAGCUCCCUCCCUGAAGACCUUGUAGGAAAAUUCCAUGAGAAUAUCAUUCCUAUCCACUGUGCUGGCAAGAAAGAAGAAGAUGUGUCUAAACUAGGCACAGUAGAAUAUUACGGGCUGGGGGGAUUGCCUGGCUUUCCUCUACAAUAUUACCCAUACUAUGGCAAGAUCCUCCAGCCAGAUUAUCGCCAGCCCCUGGUGGCAGUGCAGUUCACUAACCUGACCUUUGACACAGAAGUCCGCAUAGAGUGCAAGGCCUAUGGUGAGAACAUUCAAUAUAGUGACAAGGACCGUUUCCAGGGACGCUUCGAUGUUAAAUUUGACAUAAAGAGCAGCUGAUCAUAAGCACCAUUUUUCUUUCCCAUCCUCCUAGCCAUUUAAAAGUUUAAAAUAAACAAAACAAAAAAAACCUACUAGUCUUGAACAAACUGUCAUACGUAUGGGACCUACACGUAAUCUAUAUGCUUUACACUAGCUUUCUGCAUUUACUAGGUUAGAAUGUAAACUUAAAGUGUAGCAAUAGCGACAGGAAUAUUUAAAUAUUUAUUCUACUGUAAAUGACAAAAGAAAACAAUUGAGCCUUGGGACAUGCCCAUUUUUACUGUAAAUUAUGAUUCCAUAACUGACUUGUAGUAAGCAGUGUUUCUGGCCCCUAAGUAUUGCUGCCUAGUGUAUUUUAUUUAGUGUACAGUACUAUAGGUGCAUACUCUGGUCACUUUUUUUUCCAAGCCAUGUAUUGUAUCUGUUUUCUACUUUCUGUGAGCAAAAAUGUUGGUGUCCAAGGUGUAAAUACUCCAUGGGACUAGAACUGGCAUGAUACUCUAAUUUUUUUUCCCCUCUUAAACAUAAAGGCCCACCUGUGAGACUAUUUAACAGCACUCCAUAGAGCCUUCUUAUUUUCCUGUAGUGUUAGGGUAUUCUUAUUUGGAGGGGUGGCAGGGAAAACUAACUUAAGUAACGCUAAAAGAAAACUAGGUGAUUGUGUACUGUGCUUUGUAGCGAAUGCUGUCUCUUUCCACCUUUCCCCUCAUCUUCCAGUAUGUUGUGUGUGAGACCUGGGUCAGGCUAUCACUCAUCAGUGGUAGGAAAAAACUAUUUUGCUUUUGUGUGUAUUCUCUCUCUCUUUCUCUCCCUUCCUCCCCCGAGGCAUCACACAGUGUGGUGCUAAUGUCUUUAUUGAAUGUUUUAACCAUUUUCAUGGUGGAAGAAUUUUAUAUUUAUGCAGUUGUACAAUUUUAUUUUUUUCUGCAAGAAAGUGUAAUGUAUGAAAUAAACCAAAGUCACAUGUGUGAAAAUAAAUCUUUAUUUUAAACUUUAUAAAAGCAAUGCAGUACCCCAUAGAAUGGUGUUAAAUGUUGUCUAAAGUGCAAGCCUCUAUGUUCUAACAUUAUGUAAUAAUAGCCAGGAGUACAGUGCUCUUGUUGAUCUUGUAUUUCAGUCAGGUUAAAACAUUGGAGAAAUAAAUGAAUGAACACACACACACA